AUGCAAGACCACGCUUCGAGCUUUUCGGGAGCUCCUGUGGGACGCGAUGUUCGUGCCGAAAACGCUGCCAGGACCACGCCAGGAUCAUCGUCAUCGGCCACGAGGUCGGCGACAGAACCGGUCGAGCCUGCGGUAGCACAGUCAGCGUCGACAGCCCCAGCCCUGUUGCAACAGCCUUUGGUGGUAUCGCCCCCCACCCUCCAGCGUGCGUCUGUUCUGAUUGAUCCUGACUCUUCAACCGGCCACAUCGUCGAGCCACCGAGUCAAGCGGCAUCACCGGUGCCACAGGACGAUGCUGGUUGGCCUUUGUCUUCCACGGGAGCGAGAGCGAGGCAGGAGGCUCUGCACGCUGCGGACGCCGCUGCAGCGGAGGCCGACACCAUCCGCAUUCAAGACAAAAUGGACAAGCAGAAGCGGGAACAACUUGAUAGUGUCACACGCUUGCCCCUCGGUCCUGAUCCUGAUGAAUUUGCUCGCUUCGCGUCUAGCUGCAAGGGUGUGGUCACAGAGAUCCUCAACAAAAGCGGCGUCAAGCGCAAGCAGACUAUCAAUUCCUCCACCUGGGUCACCGGAUGGCUUCCGUUGUUGCGCAAACGUGUCCGUGCUGCUGUCGUUGACGGCCAAACCACCAACCGUGCCACUCUGGAAUUUCUUGAUGCGACCGUUCUACAGGUAGAAAACCAUCUGCGCAAGGAACCGGCAGGGCCCUCGACGUACGCCUUCUUCAUCCAGAAAUUGGCGGCCGCCUGGGACACUCAAGACAAGAGCUCGGGGAUUGAUCGUCUUCGCAGUUUUGGCGUAUCCAACGGCGAGACUUAGGGAGAAUACAUUCGUCGCUAUAAGGCUCUGGCCAUGACCGUCAUGGUUUCCCAACACGCGUUCAAGCCUUCGGAUGCGCAAGUGCAGAUAGCUGUUCGAGACUCCAUGUUGAAGCAGUUUCCGGUAGUGUCUGGGCAGGUGUACAAGGAUGAGCAGCUCUCCAUGGAAGCCCCUUUUGGGCGACAUGCUUCGUGUCUGGAUGAUAUGUGGGAUGUGUUGGACAAUCGUGCGUUCGCGCACACGCCGGCGGUGCAUGGAGAUGAUUUCUUUUCGGUAUCUUCCACGAAUGCUAUGAGUUCGUCUGCUGUUCGCGUGCUGUAGCUUCUUCGGCGUUGCGUUCAACAUUGACCCCUUCGUGGAGCCAAGGUUCUUCGGCCGCCGUGAUGAGUGUUGACCCUCUACCUUAUGAU